AUCGAGAAGGUUUAUGCCGAUUUUGAAGAUUAUGAGACCGGCCCUGAGAGCGGUGAAGCGAGCACUGAGUGUUCGAAUACAGCUGUUGCAACGACUGUUGCAACUAAAAUAAAUGAUUUUAUCCAGCCAAAAACCUCAGACCAUGCUGAAGGCUCGGAUGGCGGUUCCUUUAAAUCACUCGCUGAUGAAUUUAGCGUUCUAGAGAAAACUUCACCUGCCAUAGAUGCAAAUUUGGCAGAAAUAGUGAAGAGUCUGCUUACAGAGAAGCUCACAAAAGAAAAGUUGGCCGAGGUACAGAACAAGUACCUCAGACCUGAAAACUGCACUAAUUUGGUUGCACCCAAGAUAAACAAGCAAAUUUGGCAACAAUUACGACAGGAGACCAGAAACAAUGAUUCAGCUUUCCAGAAGGCACAGUCCUUGCUCUUGUCAGGUUUAUAUGCUGUACUUCAGCUGUGCAACAGUGCAAAUGGGGAUCAGAGGAAUGUUUUGACCCAUACAGCAGUCCUGCUGUUGUCAGCAAAUAGAGAGCUUAAUCUGAAACGAAGAGAUCUCAUUUGUCCUGACCUAAACAAGCAAUAUGCUCCUUUAUGCAACCCAUCUACAGCUGUGUCAACAUUCUUGUUUGGAGAUGACCUAAACAAAGAAGUGGAAGAGUUAACAAAGUCACAAAAGCUCAGUAAUAAAGUGACUCCUAAGAGACGCAUGGAACCUUACAAAGUCCCCGCCUCUAGAGGUGUACGUGGUCGUGGCCGCUUCUGUCAUAGUGCUGGCAGGGGAAGAGCCUCCUCUAA